AUUGUAGUCAACGGUCAAUGUCAUCGCCGAGUGGAGGCCGCGGAGAAGGCACGGUUGUUUACGCAUGAAGAUUCUUCCCUCUCUUUGAAGUAUUCAAUUUCAAAGUGAUUCCUAUAGACUAUACAUUUUCUUUAAUCUUGAGGCUUAGUUAGGGUUUUCUGUCACUGCCAUGGAUUUCGAAAGUAGGAGGCUUCAUCUGCUAAUCUCUGUUCUUGCCAUCGUUGCUCUCAGCUUCACAGCUGAAAAGUGCAGGGAACUUGUUGGAGAGGAUGGGUCAUCCCAGAGUGGAAAGUUUACCAUCUUAAAUUGCUUUGAUAUGGGUUCUGGAACUGUAGCAUGUGCUGUGAAGGAAGGUGUGAAGCUCUACUUUUACAAUAUCAGAUCUUCUCAUGUUGAAAGAGCAAGGACUGGUGCAAUUGAGUCUGCCCUUGUUCAUGCUGUUAGUCAGGGUAUGUCCCCAACAGAUUCAGCAAAACAUGCACAGAAAGAAGGUAAGAAGGCAGCGAAAUUGGCUUCCCGUCAAGCCAAGCGGAUUAUAGGUCCCAUCAUCUCUUCUGGAUGGGAUUUCUUUGAAGCUAUUUACUAUGGUGGUACUUUGACAGAAGGUUUCCUUAGGGGCACUGGUACUUUGUUUGGUACUUAUGGUGGAGGGUUCCUCGGGGAGCAAAGGCUUGGUAGAUUUGGCUAUCUUGUUGGAAGUCACAUGGGCAGUUGGGCUGGUGGCAGAAUAGGACUAAUGAUUUAUGAUGUUGUUAAUGGACUGCAUUUGUUGUUGCAAUUUGUUCAGACAGGAGAAAUUGUAGUUAGCGAAAAAUCUGAACCAUCUGAAAGUUCCUUUUUCGGCGGCGAAACUCCUGUUUAUGACACCUCUGAAGGCUCCGGAUUAUAUGAAUCACCUCCCAGUGAAGAAUCCUACGCCUAUGAAACAGAUAGAGAUUCUGAACUGUGAUGUGAUGAAAAUGUGAAGUUCAUAUACUGGUAUUUGCUCAAAUUUUUUGUCAGCUCUGAAGGCUGUUUCCCGUGUUGGCAGAUCAUUUCCCACCAAGAAUCCAAUGCCUAAGAAUCUACUGAACCUCACAGCUAUGAAACAUAUGAAGAUUCUGAACUUGGGUAAAAUUGAAGUUCGUAUAUUGGUACUUGCUCAAAUUUUAGGUUGAUUAUUAGUGUUUUACUUCAAUGUCUUUGCUUCAAUGUAUCAGGGAUUGCUAACCUCUGGAGACUCUACUAGUGCUCCACUUCAUGUAAUUGGCUAAUACUGUAGGUCCCAACUUUUAUGCUGAAUAUAUCUGUUGCCUUCAAUUUUCAA